GCCUCGUUCUCGCUUUUUCCAGAAAAUUGUUCGAACUGAGGAAUGGCGGGUGCGAAGAGCAAUCAAAUUCGACGUCUUUUCGAAACCAAUGAGUACAGCGCAGCAGUUUCAGUAGACCAAAGAGCUCUGAUAAACACAGUGUUAGCACGAUAUUCUACCAAAUUUGCAGCCUUCCGCGAACUAAUCAGCAACGCUGCAGAUGCAGCAGCGACAACGGUCAAGAUACAAAUCACAACAUCGCCAAGAACACCAUCCAACCCAAACGUUCCACCAGCAUCAUCUCCGGAUCUUGUUAGACUGCACAACGUCGUUCGUGAGGUUGUUGUGCACAACAAUGGGAAGUUUUUCGGCCCAGAUGACUGGGAUCGCCUCACGAAGAUUGGGAAAGGGAACCCAAACAUUAACACCAUCGGAAUGUUCGGGUUGGGCUUCUACAGCGUCUUCGAACUAACGGACGAGCCGAUCAUUGUUUCUCGUGCAGAGGCUGUAGCUUUCCAAUGGAUGGGUGACAUGCUCCAUCACAAGCAUGUGAAACUUCCGCCGGAGAGUUGUAUACAGGAAACCCAGGUCAUAAUGAAGUACAAGGAUGUCACUGCAAAAGUCCCUAACUUAUCUGAACUCGGUCAGUUUCUGGCGUGCAGCCUUGCCUUCGUAAACCUGUCGAAUAUGGAGCUCUGGCUAGACGACUGGAAAAUCCUGGCUCUCAGUAAAAGUACCGAUACCACUUCAGAUUUACCUUUGACAGACAUUCGGACUGUAACAGAUCACAUGAGUAUCAAUGCAAUUAAGCAGAAAAUGCUACAUCUGCAUGCCACCUGGUUGGACGGCAUACUCGAUGAAAUUGUGUCUUCACCACCAGUGUCACGAUCAAAACUAGCGGAACCCCUAGUCACGACCCGUUUUGAGGAAUUCAACGGCCCCUUCCCGAGUUUUAACCCACAAUCACCGGAACUUCGGAUCCCAUGCUCACCAGCCAGCGACCUGUCUGCAAGGCGUGCAGGCCAUUGGAAGAGGCUUGUCUGUAGUCUGCGAGACAGGUUUAGAUGCUAUGUUCGCACAUAUCAGUCACCUGUUGAACAACUGCUCCACCAAGGGCACUCGUGCGAGGCAGGAGGCAUGUCUGAAUCAGUCCUAAAUGCUACGAUGUCUGUUCACAUCACAGAAGCAACUGUGUCUACUCACAAUCUGAUUCAGCUCUCAUCAGAGUUGAAAACGGUGAUGAGAAAGGAGGUACCCAAUAAAUUCUCAGUCUCCAUCGUAACGUCUUGCGAAGACAACUCAAGAUCCUGUUCGUUGUUCAAGCUCGUUGCACCAUCAGAAUCAGAGCCUGGAAGAAUUAUCACCGGACUUCCGACUCUGCAAUCUACUGGCAUCCAGGCUCAUAUUCUCAUACCGGCAAUUCUCGAUAUGCAUCGUGGACUCAUAGACCUAACCACUAAGCAUGUCCAAGUGUGGAACCAGGAGCUGCUUCAGAUUGCGGGGAUCGUAAGCCGUGUGAUUUGGACGCAGAGGAUGGAAACUGUAAACCUCAUGGAGAAGUCUAAUCCCUCUCCGGUGGACUUGUAUCUGCAGAGAGAAGCACUUGUACCCAAAAAGCGAGAAAGUCAACUGGCUGGUGCUACGCGGAUGUUCAGACUAUUUUACUUCAAAGACUCAGUGCCAGAUACCGCCGUAGGUUGCAUCAUUCAGGACUACUUCUGGAGGGCCAGCAACUCCAUCAAAAUCAUUUCAACACAAGGCGUCCGGAAAAGUGACGAUGUUCGACUUGCAGACCCCAGAAUAUCGGGGUUCAUAACUAGCUUUCCCACUUUGCCACGCCGUCUCGCCAAGACAUUCAAGGUAUUCGUCACGGCACUUCACACCAGGCGCCUCAUCAGUAACGUUAGUACGAAAGACAUCCAUGACGAGCUCAAAAAGAACAUUCUCAGCACGGCUCAGUUCCAUCGCCUGCUCGACUGGGGAUUCUCCGCUGACAAGCAAUCUUUGGAGUCGAUCAUACAAGUCAUGAAGGCCGCAACGAUAAACCUACCAGGAAGAACUAAUAUCGCACUGAAGGAUGUGAAAUAUUUUUCCGAAUAUGAAAUCCCCGAGGGACUUGUACCGUGGAACACCAUUGCAUAUUCUGAUCUUCGCGAGCACGUGUCUAGGACGCAGCUUCGGAGGAUUGGAUGGAAGUCAUUGCCUAUUGUGGAGUGGAUUCGCCGCUUGCACCCGAGGUUGCAAGAUGUCAUAGAGGAUGAAGCGACGGCAGAGAAAAUUCUAGCCAUGGUCUCCUCAAAUCUACCAGAAAACGAAUACGAGUUUGUGGUCAAGUAUUUACCAAAGGUUCCAAUAACGAAAGGGGGGCUGCGUACCCCUGAAACGUCGUAUUUCCGUAUUGACACGCCAUUCGAGAAUCUAAGCCAUCUUUCUUAUGUUCGGGAGAUGCCAGGAGUCUCUAGGGCCCUGCUGGAAAAGAUGGGAGUGCGUAGCACCGUUGAGAUGAAUGAGGUUGUAAAGCAUCUAGACUCCGUACAGGACGACUUCUCGACACUCGGAGCGUAUGUCUCAUACCUGAUCGAAAUGCAUCAGCCUCCCUCUGAAGAAGAUAAGAAAAUUUUAUGUGUUGCACGGGUUUGGUAUGCAGAAGAGCCGAACCAAAAUGGACACAGAAAAGGUAAAAAGUACAAACUAGACGAGCUUUUCGAGCCCUCGGCUGCAACGCAGAAGCUACUACUGCCGACCCUAUUUUUACCUCAGACGUAUCGACCGGACAGUCCGAUGGGCAACCUUUUUCGCCUGUUAGGGUUGAAACAGCAUCCUUCCGUACCUGAGCUUUUUGACAUUGUGGAAAAAGCGAUUUCCGAAUCCGAUUAUGUGCUUCGGGAUCGUGCGUUGCGCUAUUUCAUCGACAACUUUGAGAACAACGGCGACUAUAAGGCCCACGACCUCACAAAUGUGACGAGUAAAAUCCUUCCGAUCGAAAGAAGCGAAUCGCAACACGCCGCCCCGAAUGCUUGCUUUACCAAUAAGAAAGUCACCCUGCUCAAUCUUGACAUCUUGGCGGAACGUUUUCACCCUUUCUCUAUGAAGCUAGGCGUACAGUCUGAUCCGCCGUUACAACAAUGCAUUGAUCGACUGCUGGACGAAAGACCAACCACCAUGGAGAGAGCUGCAGACAUUUUCGAGUACAUCAGCUCACUCGGAACUUUGGAUGACGCGUGUAAGUCCCGCCUGAAAUCUUCGAGCUUCGUACCUGUACCCACAGGGUUGAUUCGUAACGGCACUACAAGCAAUGUCAACAACAGAAACGGAGAUCCCGUUUAUGUGCAUCCACAUGAUUGUUAUGUUGGCCCUUUCACUGAGGAUUUCGAAGAGCUGAGUGGCCUUUUUGUGUACAUACGCGUUGAGAGGGCAAGAUUGUUUCUGGCUCAUUGUGGCGCGGCCGCUACGCCAUCGGCAUACGUUGUUGCCGAAAGAUUCAUGGAGACCCCAGGGGAAGUGAUGAGGGUUCUGAACAAAGACCCAGCGACCUACAUCAGAUGGUUUGUGUGGUUAGGUGAGCAGUACAAAAAAGGUCGAAUAUGUCGUGACUUGAUUGAGCGCACGAAAGAAAAUGCCUUCAUACCCACCAUCAGGUACACCAACAACCAGCAGAGUUUUGUACUAACAAAACCUGAUACGGCUGUGGUUCACGACGAUAUUCAUCUAUCUGAGUUGUUCAGCGAUGCCUUGCAUAUCGUACCACAGAAAGACGAAGUUGAGCAGUUUUGCCUGAGUCUAGGGUGCAAGAGACUGAGUGCUGCGGUGAAAACAGUGUGUAUUCCACGUCAAACAGCGGAUUCACAAGAUUAUACGCCACGCAAGCAUCGUCUACUCGAUCAGUUGCGAGUCUUCAUGACUUGUCUGGAUGUUCGUCGUGUCAGACUAUCCUGGGAGAUGCUCAGGAAUAACCUCCAGAUCAACUUUGUCAACCAAAUCGACAUGCGUUGUACAUACAAAGGUGUACAAAAAGCGGGACAGACUAAUGCUUUUGCGGAAAUACAUGGAUCAAAUCCCAUCUUGUGGAUGAUUGAAGGCAAAUUUGAGGCAUUCGAGCUGAGCCGUGAGCUGGUAAAGCUCAUUCUCAAGUUUCCAAAGCCUGUCGACUUCCUAACACUUGAGACAAUUCUACGAUCAGACUUGGCGGAUUUGAAGAGGCGGGGCUAUGGUAUCGAGCGAAUUCUCGGACAGGACAUGGACAUAACUCGUUUGCCUGUAUACCAAGACGAGACAGAGGAAUCGCGUCAAAUAAGUACAUCUCUACCAGAUAUCGGAAGGCAUUCUGGCAGUGCUGUAAAGCACAGUAGAACGGCAUCAGGAAUACCUAAUUUUGGAGAGCGGGCCUUGAACACAGAGAGCGAAAAAGCUCGGUCAGAUGUCGGCGUCGGCCAUGACUUGCGUAACGCAGUACCUUUCGAGGGCUGGAGCGUUGUUCCACAAUACGACAGACAGGCGCUCGAUGAUAUCUUACCACGAGCGGCACCACAGUCAGAUCUUGACUUCAUGAACAUGAACAAUUGGGCGACAUUCAGCGUUCCACCUUCUACCAUGUUCAUCGCCAAGGAGACCAACGAAACCCGAUACUUCGGAGAGCUAUAUAUGUCACAGUUCCUCAGUUCGCGCUUAGCGAAGGGAACAUAUCAGCCCAACAAACACUGGACAAGCCCCAUGCGCUCAAGGAAUGGUCACGAACCAUUUACAGCCAGACCGGGAGAUGAUCAUUUCUCUGCCUUCACUAUUAUUCAAGAGCGUGGGGAACUCAGGCAGGCAGUGGUACGAGCUUGUCGGAUAAACGAUUCGACACUUGAUCAACAGUGUACCUUUCACAUCGAAGUCUGUGCAACCAAUAAUGGUCUACACUCCUCGUUCAGAUUAUCCAACAGCCAGUACUUGAAGGCAAAAUCGAUGUUCCAUGCCACCGAAACAACAAUCAAAGACGUAUUCAUCUUGGCACGUGUGUACAAAGUCAAAUAUGAUCCAGGGAUCGCCUUGUACGUAGAUCCUUGGCGACUCCAUCUCGAGGGACUACUCCGUCUUGACUCGGCCAGCACAUAUCAGGCUAGCAUCUCGGAAAGAGCACAAGCAAUGUUGGAGGAAACCUCCGCCAACGAGAAACCAUCUGUAGGGCCAAAUAAGAUCUAUAAAGGUCUUGCAAUUAACGGUGACCGUUUCCGUUUGAUGAGGCUCGUAUCCAACGCUGAUGAGAACGCGCCCCUGAGAUGCACCCUCUCACGGUACAAGCUCAACGAAACCGAUUUCACAGCAAUCUCCUAUGUCUGGGGUCCGAGGCCGUCGCGGCUUUCACCGUUUCUACUUGAAGUAAAUGGGACAACAAUCUCAAUUACCGAGUCGCUAUGGACAUGUCUCCAUUGCCUUAGGCGAGGUGCUUGCCAGGACUUACUUUGGGCAGACGCUGUUUGCAUAGAUCAGAACGACGCUGUCGAAAAGAGCAUACAAGUCAGACGUAUGGGAACCCUAUACAGCAGAGCCAAGAAGGUCAUCAUCUGGAUGGGGAACAACAAGGACAAAGACUGUCGCGUCAUUGAUUUGCUCGCGAACAAACGAAGCAUUCGAGACCAGGUUAGGAUAUCAAACAAUGGUUCUGAAGAUCUAGAGCAUCUGUCUGGAGCCGAUAUUGACGCAUUUCUUCAAAGGCCUUGGUUCAGACGCACUUGGACAAUCCAAGAACUGGUCUUUGGCUCGGAUGUCGUUGUUAUGCUUGGAGACUCUCAAAUCAAAUGGGAUAACUUCAUAGGUCGGCUCAAAAAGUAUGUGCAGUAUUCGCAAUCCGAUCAAGCCCAAGACAGGAGGAGCAGCAGAUAUGUUCUCCAGAAUCUUGGCCCUGUCCUUACCUUGGAUCGUAUACGAAAGCUCUAUCAAGGCCGUGGUCAGAAGGAAACAAGCAAUCGUUACAAGCACGAGUUCUUGGAAAUCCUUGAAAUGUUCUUCUACACCAGAUCCUCAAGGCACCGCGACAAACUUUUCGCUUUGAUAAACAUGGCAUGCGACACGGAGAAUCACGACGCGUUUAUCCCGGAUUACGAAUCAAGCGCCCAGGUCAUUCUAAGCAGAUAUGCAAGUCAAUUUGUGAAAUCGGGCCAUGCACUGGACUUAUUGUACCGCGCCGGGAGCGAGAGGGGAAGCAGAUUUUGCUCCUGGAUUCCUGAUCUUAUGAAUCAUAGGAGAACAGAUCGUUACGCUCCCACAAUCUCGACAUGGCCGGCAACCGGUUCAGGCUCCUCGCACGGGUUUUCUGCUGGUGCUGGGAUGUUUCAUGCGCCUGAUCCGCAGAUCCGCAUCUGUUCGACCGUCUUUCAACACUACAAAAGCGACCAUGACGUACCAAUGCUCGCCAUCAAAGGCAAAAUUUUCGACUGUAUACGCAGCUGUCGACCGCUCAAAAUCAGCCCUGAUGGUACUGUCAUUCAUCCUAGUGAGGCCUUAGCAGAUUUCGAACGAUACAUUUCACCAAUGACCGAUGUAAAAAGCAAGGAUUGGAAGGAAAAGCUGCUGAUGAGGUUCUUUGUAGGAGACGCCGGAGGCCCACAAUCAAAAUCGCCCCUACCAUUCUCCGAGACGAUGAAUAUGGAAAGCUCGGAAGCGUGGCCACAGGAUCUCAAAGAACAUGUGCUUUCUGCAAAGCCCGGCGUGGAUGGCCGAGAGCUGAUGAACAAGUCACCCGAGGCUCAAAGUCAUAUCAAUGCAUUUUGGCAGACUGCUUGCAACUUCUUGGGAAGAAUUCCGUCUGCGACUGCUUGCCAAACCGAGAAGAACUAUGUAGGGAUAGUUCCAGGACAUGCCUGCGUUGGUGACAAGAUUUUCGUCGCUUCUGGAGCAAAGGUUCCAUUCUUGAUUAGAGAACACUCGGAAGUGCGAAUAAAGCCGAGCAAAGAUUCCAAACGUUAUCAGCAAAGACGUCUGUUUACUCUUGAAGGGGAAUGCUUUAUUGACGGCAUCAUGUACUAUACACAAGACCCCGGACUUGCAAGUAUAGAAAGCAGCAUUGUCUAUCUUAUUUAAAGAUUUAAAAUAAGAUAUGAUUGUCCUUGAAAUGUAUAGACCUGUUAGUUUCUCUAGUAGCUUCUAUCUUAUAGAUAUAUAGACACACAGACAUACAGAAGCUGCAUGUGAAGCUACAACCACUUAGUUCUAAGC